GAAACGUUGAUCGUUCAUCUCGAACUCGAGUUCGAGUUGGACCACAGUAUUGGGCGGUCAGUGUCGGUCAAGGGAGUGGGAAGUCUUUUCCGUUUCGAACAAAUGGUUGUUCAUUUUACAUUUAUAGUUUUCUCUUCCGUUGUGUGGUGACGACGGGAAUUCUUUCUUUAAGCGUCAUAAAACAGACGUAUUGUCUCCGCGUAUUUAAUAUCUGUAAUAACCAAUAGGCCUACAGUGCACAUAAGGCGUUAAACCUUACCGCCCAUUUCAAAUAAUUUCUGAAGUAAUCAAUGGACAAUAAAUAUUAAUUUUUACCGGUCUUAUUUGUGUUAAAUUACCUCGACUGUGCUCAUAAAGUUUAAGUGCCACGAAGAAAGACUUUCACCCGAAACAUGGAGUCAUCGAUGACUUAUAACCUAGAUGUAACGCCCAACUACUCUUAUAUUUUCGAAUUUGAAAAUGAUUUUAUACAUCAUGAUUAUAAAAAAUGGAUGACCGAGAAUUGGACGGUCGCGUUUUAUUAUGUCGGGAUUUAUAUGGCAUUUAUUUUUGGUGGUCAAUACUACAUGCAGAACCGUCCGGGUUUUGAACUUCGGCGGACGCUGAUAGUAUGGAACAGCGCAUUGGCAGCUUUCAGCAUCAUGGGGGCGUGUCGAACGCUACCGGAGUUCGUCCAUGUGCUACGAAAUUAUGGACUGUAUCACUCCAUCUGUGUGCCAAGUUUCAUCGAGGCUGACAAGGUGUCGGGCUUCUGGACGACCAUGUUCGUGUUGUCGAAGGUGCCCGAGCUCGGCGACACGGUGUUCAUCGUGCUACGCAAGAAGCCGCUCAUCUUCCUGCACUGGUACCACCACAUCACCGUGCUGCUCUACACAUGGUUCUCGUUCACCGAGUACACGUCCUCGGCGAGGUGGUUCGUGGUUAUGAACUACUGCGUGCACAGUGUGAUGUACUCGUACUUCGCGCUGGUGAGCAUGGGCCGCUACCCGCCCCGCUUCCUCGCCAUGACCAUCACCGUGCUGCAGCUCACCCAGAUGGUGGUCGGCUGCGCCAUCAACAUCUGGGCACACAACUACAUGGCCACCGCGCCUCCGCACACCUGUCACAUCAGCAACAUCAACAUCAAGCUCUCCAUGGCCAUGUACUUCUCUUACUUCGUACUCUUCGCCCGGUUCUUCUACAAGGCUUACCUCUCUUCCAAACCGGGCAAGAAGGCAAAAUCUGAACCCCUCCCCGAACCCAUGCCACCGACCAAGAGACCAACGGAAGUUAACGGUUACCCGAGACAAAGGAAUGGCGUCGUUCACUAGUCUAAGACUGUGAUAUUAUUUGUACAGGUGUGUUCGCGCCGAUUGUUUCAUUUCAGACUGGCAUUUAUUUUUUUAAUUUAAUUAAAGACCUAUUAUUCUACGAUACAGCUUAGGUACUUAUACAUACCGACAUUGCGAUCUGCGCGUGACUUUCGUAGAACAGAACAUUAAGUUGUUUAAGACAGCAGCCUAGCGAAACUCUCGAAGCAAAAAACGAUUUACUCGAUUGUAUGAAACGUACAGUCAGUGACAGAUUGACAGAUGACGGCUAUUAUCUUGUAAAAAACUAGAUAUCCGAAAUCCACUGCGUUUUAGGAAACUGUUCGCUUUCAAACUUAGACGGAUUAUACUUCGUGGCCAAUCGCCAUCCUGUAAUUACGACUAUUUCAGACUUAUAUCAAAUGACUGCAGGUUUCAUACUAAAUUAAAUUUCAAUUUUUACUCAGGCAGUUCCGCUUCUUAUUACGUAGUAUUUACAUCCUCUUUGUUAGACAGUGUCGACCCCUCGUGCGAGAUAGACGUGUAUCUUAAAAAAAAUAAGCAAAUUUAUCUCUCACUGUUUUUAACUCACGGGUAUUUAUUACCCAGCCAACAUAGUCGUUGUUAUGUAACAGAUAUCGUGAAAGUAACGUGACUAUCGAAUGAGUCAAGUUGUAGAUAAGCGGCCUGAUAAUAUGACCUCAGUAAGCUUAUCACAUGUGCAGUUAUUCCAGGCUGGUGCAAAAUAGUACAAACCAUUCGAUUAUUAGAGUAAUGUAUUAAUAUGGCUUCUAGAAGAAAACUUUAAUAAUAUAAUUAAAACGUCAAAAGUCAUAAGUUUUUAUUUGCAUAAACAUGUUAGAUUGAUGUUACAUAAUUAUUAUAAAGAACGUGUUUACCAUAUUUAUGAUGUGCAAAUAUACAAAAUACAUUACUAAAUCAUUACUUAUAGCUGCAAGAUAUUAAACUUCAAAUUAUAAAAUACCACAAGCGAUGCCCUAUAACUACUUAGAUUGCAUUUUUAGAAUAUAUUGUUACACUAGGUUUUAUAAACACUUGGGUUUAAGUUAAUCAGCAUUUUGUUUUUAUCAUGAACCCAGAAUAAUGAGUCUAUAGCGCUAGUUGAAAUGAUCCAAUCGGUGUGAGAGUAUGCCAAGAGUGAAAGUCAAACAUUCCACAACUCAUCACGGAGUCUUUAAGGCUUUUUUCGAUUGCUUGCGACUGCACUCUUGGUCAUGGGACGCUUCUACAUCGCAUAGAAAAUAACAAUAUCCUAUAGUGAUUAACAAAAUUUAAGUUCAAUAUUGAAAUUGCAAUAACAUAUGAUUUUAUGUACAAUUUAUGUGCAUAAUAUGUUUAAACAUUGAACUGAACACACAUAAUCAAUUUAUUUAAAUUCACUGUAUCAAUUAAUGAACAGUUGUCGUCAUGGAGUUGUAACCUAAAGAACUGAAAAACUAAAAAUGGACGCAUUUAAUAUAAGAAAUUUUUGCCAUUUGAGUUGCUUGGUAACAGUAUUGUCAAUGUCAUUGUUCAUUCUGAUGUAGAAGCGUUCGAUGUUUGUUAACGUAUUUAUUAAUUAAAUGAGUGAUUUAAAUGUAAGUAGUUUAUAUAGUUAUUGUGUUGUUGAAAUCAGCUCUUACUCUUACAAGUCCGUUGUUAACUUAUCUAGGAGUCCUGAUUUAAAAAUUAUAUGUACUAAUAGUUUUCAAUAACUUAAAAGACCUCAGCUCAGGAAGCUUCUGGCUGUACAAAAAUGCUAAGGUUUGGCUGUAAAAUAGCUUAUGAUUUUCAUAAUAUAUAUUUGUUUAACUAAACCUUUAUAAUUUCAGGUCUAAAAAAGUAAUGUGGUUUUGUAGGCAUUUCUAGGACCAUGCCAGUACAAGCAUUUCUAUAUCUGCAUAAUUUAUUGUAAAUGUGGUGCAUUUUUAACUGUGAAUAGUUUCUCAUUUAUCAAUAUAAUUUAAAGGAAAGGUAGGGGUAGUUUAUAUUAAGAGCUUGUCAAACAAGCAUCCUAUAUGUUCUAGAUAAUGUUGCUAGUAAAACCAAUAUAUUUCCCCUGAUUACAGAUACUACAUUACGAAUAUGCCUUUGGUCAUAGGUAUAGCUUAAAAAAAAUGUGCUGUUAAGUGUGGAGUCAGCUUUACAUGGUUGUCCAACCAUAAAUUAAUUUAAAAACAAAAAAUAAAUAAAUAGAAAUAGACCAGUUGUAUUGCUAUGACAAAAAUAAUUAAACCCAAUGACCUCAAGGUGAUGGUUAACUAUGCCAGUAGUCUACAAUCAUCAAUGUUAGUUAGGGUUAGAAUUUAGGUGGUAGCACAACUAGCGGACUAAGGGUAUAUCGUUUAGUCAGUGCUUCUAAAUAGGUCACUUGGUAAGAACCGGUUUGUUAUCCUAAAAACCAUGUCAGCUCACAGUGGUUCUUAUAGGGACAAAUAAAUCAAUUAUAUUUAUUUGUCAACUCCACAGAAAUCAGAAGAGUGCUCUGAGACUGGAAAGUGUAUAGAGAGUUUUUAAAAAGCUUGUGUUGUAUGUGAGGUUGGUAGCAAAUCAAUUGCAAAUCAAUUACUUUUAACUAUUCACAGACAACGGUAAGUUUGAUGAUGUUUAUAUAAUUGUUCAAUUAUAAUGUCAGGUAUAAAUACAAUAUGUUAUUAAAACCUAAGUUCAAGAAGGUUAGCAGUGUCAUUAUAGUGUUUGCUUGCCAAUGUGCUUCCAGCCUAACAAAGUAACCACACUUACAUCUAUGAGAUUAAUAUAUCACACAUGUUUUUAUGUAUAUAUUAUGUAAUAUAAAUUUCAGAAAAUGCUUGCAAAUUAAAACGUUUUGUAGUGUUUGGUUUUCGGUACAUUUACUUUGCUUUGGGGCUCAUACUUUAGCUUAGGCAGCGCUAAAAGUGUGGACAUAGCCUUAUUACAUGCCCUUAUUUGGAAAUAAUUUUGUAGAAAUCUAGUUACGAAAAUCUAUGAAUAUUGAGAUGAUUGUACAAUUUAGUAGAUACUAAAACAUAAUAACUCCAUAGUUAUUCAUUAUUUAGUAUAAUAUGACGAUUUUAAAUAUUUAGGUUUAUAAAAUACUAUAGAAGCAAAGGUAUUGCCAAAUACAAUACGAAAUAGAAAUAAAAUAACAAAAGUACAUGUUAAAUGCCAUAGAGAAAGUACUAAAUAAAUGAUGAAUUUUAUGCAAACUUUAAUAGAGGAUUUAUUCAAGUUGUUAGACUUAUUAUAAAAGAAGUUUAUAUAAUGCUUGUAACAGUCUCUGUUUGUGUAAAAUAAAGUUUAUGUACAUGUCAAUUUGAUGAUUAGAAAAUAGUUAGUAUCAUAGACAAUUGUUUUCUAGGUUGUAAGAGCUGUAGACUUCCCGAAAAUUCGGCUAGAACAAGUAAUAAAUUAGUGUUGGUUGGUUAACAGUUAGUUAGACCUUAGUUUCAAAAUGUCUAUACCAAAUUUGACACCAACGCAAAUCUUGAAAAGAUAACAUUUAUUGUUACCAUAAUAUAAAAAAAAAAAUUAGUAACAGUGAUAUAAUUAGGUAUAUGUAAAUGUAUACUAGAACAGACUAUGUAUAAAUUUGUAUUUCAUGUGAAUUUAUCAUUUAUUGGCAUCAUAUUAUGAAAACUGACGAUUUGAGAUUUCCCAUUAAAAAGUGACAAAUGUUAAUAUUAUUUUUGGUGGAAUAGGGUUAAUGAAUUAACGCCAGUUAAUGGAAAACGGUAGAUUAUAAGAAUGCUAUUAAUAUGACAUAAGUAAUUGGAUUCCAAAGUAAGGUGAAUGCAACAGGUUAUGUUGUGAUUCAGGAUUAUUCCGGAUAAUUCAACUAACUUCUUAAGCUGCGGGUAUUUAUUCUUACAGGUAACAUAGUUCAGAACACUAUUUUAUUUGCCCAUUUGUUUUAAUGCUCGUCUAUAUAUAGGUUGCGCUGGUUUUGUGUGUUGUGACACAAAUUAAAAAGAACUGAAUUUUUCCAGGCUUACCCUGUAUUCGAAAUUACUCUGACGCAAAACCUCUCCUAUUAUUUAAAUAGUCAGCUCACACAAUAUAUUUCCUGCCUACGUCUAUGUAUUAUUUGUAAAAUACUUUUGUUUUUUUUUUAUGAAUUUUUAAAUUUGUUGGGUGGUUAAUUAUUUAUUGUUCGUGUAUCACUCACUAAUAUUGUAUUUAUUACACGCUUUGUAUAAAUUCUGUAAGACUCCCAAUUUGUAAAUAUUUCCCAGAGUGACUACAUACACGCUGUACAUAAAUACUUAUUUAUUCUGUUUACAAUAUUUUGGACAGUGCUUUCAUAGCUAAUUUAUAUAUCUUAAUUACUUGCGGGCGUAAAAAAAAUAGCAAGUACAUGUGCCAAUUACUAGAAUACGCUUUUAAAAUAAAACUGCGGAUAUAAAUGGAACUACUAUUUUUGUACUGGAACAGGGACCUUCUUGAAAUGUCAGUGGUCAUACCUGUCAUCUGUAUAUGUUUUUUUAUUAUAUGAAUAUCGUAGGCAUGUCCUCAUAUCUACCUACGAAGAGUUAUUAUGUACUUGGUUAGCUGCGCAAGCAUUGUCCUUGGCACAUUUAUGUGGCAUUUAUAUUUUUACAAUUCAUCAGCUUGACUAGAUUUAUUUAGUGAAAAUUGCAAAUCUGUAUUUAAAAUACUACUUUUUGUGUUGGAUGUACUAAUAUUGUGUACAGUUUUCUGUUGCAUUGCAGUAUUCCAAUAAAAAAUAUGUGAAAUGUAAAAUACCUUAACCAUAUUUUAUUUGGAGUUGAGGACUGGAAUCAUAUGCCACAUUUAAUUUGUAUUUUCUGGGAAAAUAAAGAAUUAAUGCGU